GGGCUGCUGGGAUCGCUCGCCGCCUUGGUAAUGUCCGCCAUGUUUGCCAUGGCGCAGGGAGCGGAUCGAGCCAACAAAACCCGGAUCUAAGCGCGACGAGACACCGCCCGAGCCGCUGCAUUCCGCCCCUCACCGUAGCCCGGGGUCCCCCAUGAGUUCGAAGGGGACACAGACGAGCGGCUUGGGGCAGUCUUUGUGACUGAAAAUUUAAAGCGUGGGGUGUUUUUUUUGUUGUUAUUCCUCCCCCGUCUGUCGGGUGUUUUUUUGUGGUAACAAUGAGUAAACUCUCCUUCCGAGCGCGGGCGCUAGACGCCGCCAAACCGCUCCCCAUUUACCGCGGCAAAGACAUGCCCGAUCUCAACGACUGCGUCUCCAUCAACCGGGCCGUGCCGCAGAUGCCGACGGGGAUGGAGAAGGAGGAGGAAUCGGAACACCAUUUACAACGAGCUAUCUCAGCACAGCAAGUUUUCCGAGAAAAGAAAGAAAGCAUGGUUAUUCCGGUUCCUGAAGCCGAGAGCAAUGUACUCUACUACAGUCGUCUGUAUAAAGGGGAAUACAAACAGCCUAAGCAGUUCAUUCACAUUCAACCUUUUAAUCUGGACAAUGAGCAGCCAGAUUACGAUAUGGACUCUGAAGACGAGACAUUGCUUAAUCGGCUAAACAGAAAAAUGGAAAUUAAGCCACUGCAGUUUGAAAUUAUGAUUGACAGGCUGGAGAAAGCAAGCUCUAAUCAGCUUGUGACACUCCAGGAAGCAAAGCUGCUGCUAAAUGAAGAUGAUUACCUUAUCAAAUCUGUAUAUGACUACUGGGUGAGGAAACGGAAAAACUGCAGGGGGCCAUCCCUUAUUCCUCAAAUCAAGCAGGAGAAGAGAGAUGGCUCUACGAACAGUGACCCGUACGUUGCCUUCAGAAGGAGAACCGAGAAAAUGCAGACGCGAAAGAAUCGUAAGAAUGAUGAAGCGUCUUAUGAGAAGAUGUUAAAACUGAGAAGGGAGUUCAGCCGAGCCAUAACCAUCCUGGAGAUGAUCAAAAGGAGAGAAAAGACAAAACGGGAGCUAUUACACCUAACUUUGGAAGUGGUGGAGAAGAGGUAUAGUCUGGGUGACUUUGGAGGAGAAAUCUUGAAUGAAAUUAAGAUUCCCAAAGUUGAAAAGGACAUUCAUGCCAUUCCUGCCUCCCUUCAUAAUGGAAACCAUCAUAAAGUUCUGGAAUGUAAAGCUAAGAAUUUACAUCAUUCCUCUGUAAAAGAAGAUGUCUUAGAAAUUGUCCGUCUCAAAAAGAAGCAUCCAAAGAAGCCAAAAGCAGAAACCCUCAAUACCCCUCAGUCCCAAGCCACCUCGGAGCCAUUGCCAGUAAUUAACAAGAGCGAUAUCAAACAAUACGACUUCCAAAGCUCUGAUGACGAGGAAUUUCCACAGGUACCUUCGCCAGUCUCAGAGGUGGAAGAAGACAGUGACCCUGAUGGACCUUAUGCUUUUAGAAGGAAAAGUGGAUGCCAGUAUUUUGCCCCUCGUUUGGACCAAGCAAGUGAGCCUUCGGAAAACACAGAUUUGUCGACCCUGGCCAGAUAUCGGUAUAGGCAUUGUCUCACGGCUCUUACAGUUCCAAGGCGAUGCAUAGGCUUUGCAAGGAGGCGAUUAGGCCGAGGUGGAAGGGUAAUAAUGGACAGACUAUCCACGGAGCAUGACCACAUUCUAAGGCAGAUUGACCCAGAAAUGUUGUCGAGUCCUCCAAGCUCUUCCCACGAUGCGCCGCUCCCUCCCAAUCCCCCACGGACCAAUGCUUCCGAUAGACAUUGUGAAAACAGACUUUCUCUCUCUGAGAUCCUAAGCAAUAUUAGAUCGUGUAGACUGCAGUGUUUUCAGCCAAGGCAACUCCAUUUUCAAGACAGCGAUAGCGAAGAACGUACCUCACGGAUAGUAGGACAAGCUGUGAACGUUAAAAGGGUUUCUGCAGGUUUAUUGAGCACCAGCAAGAAUGGCUUAACAGGGGGCAUCACAGAAGAGCAGUUCCAAACACAUCAACAGCAGCUAGUUCAAAUGCAAAGGCAACAACUGGCUCAGCUUCAGCAAAAGCAGCAGCAGCAGUCGCAGCAGUGCUCUCAGCAGACGCAUCCGAAAGUCCAGGGCUUAAGCAGUUCUGACUGCAUGUCCAAGACGCUUGACUCGGCAAGUGCUCAUUUUGCUGCAUCUGCUGUGGUCAACUCGCCAACCCCAGGCCGCAGCGAAGUACCCAAGGAGCAAAAUGUUGGUCACAGCAACCUGAAUGGUGUCUUACAACCUUCAGGGACUGCUAAAACUCUGUACCCCACAAAUAUGGCUUUGUCAUCCAGCCCAGGGAUUUCCACAGUUCAGCUUGUACGGACAGUUGGCCACCCCACCACUAACCACUUAAUUCCAACAUUGUGCACAAGCAACUCACAGACACUUCCUAUAAGUAAUUCUUGCCUAACCAAUACUGUUCACCUCAACAAUGUCAGUGUUGUCUCACCUGUCAAUGUGCAUAUCAAUACAAGGACUUCUGCACCAUCGCCCUCAGCCUUAAAACUUGCCACAGUUGCUGCCAGCAUGGACAGAGUGCCAAAGGUUACUCCAAGCAGUGCCAUUAGCAGCAUAGCCAGAGAGACCCAUGAACCAGAAAGGUUGGGUUUAAAUGGAAUUGCCGACACGACAGUGGCCAUGGAAGUGACAUAACUUUUAAACACGUGGACUUUGGCCUGAUGUUUUUAGGCAUUUGUUUCCCCACAAAAUGCAGAUUGCAACGCUCUGCGGAUCAGUGCGCUAAUACGGACCUAAAUGGACUAUCAGUAUAUCGGAAAAUGAAAACGAUAUACUAUGUAAAUUUUGUAAAAUUGGAGAAAAUCACUACCUUGUAAAAUAGUUUAUUUGUAUCAUCAAUAUUAUUUCUGUUACUUGAAUAGUAGAUAUUCAUCAUCAUGCUUUUGCACUUGAAUUUGCAACUGAAUGGAUAUAAAAAAAAUCUUUAAAUGGGAUCAUGAGCAUGAAAUGGGAUCCUGCAUCACUUGUUUUAACUAUUUAUUUUGCCAUGUUUACAUUUUGUAUCUUGUACAAAUAAAUCCAACUUUGUGUCUCAAAAAACAAAAAUUCAUAGCUAGGAAAUGAAAUUCUUGUAAUUUUUUUCUAAAAAGAAAUGUAAAGUUUUCACUUGGUUCAUUUUGUUUCACAAUUUGACUAUCUGGACCUUUUUGGUAUAUACUUUAGUGGCAUUUCACUGUCCAAUAUGAAGUUCAAGGCAAAAUAGUAUUUUCUAUUACUGUGCAGGGGUAAGGGAUGGAUCGAUACGUACAAAACUUAAUAACAGUAGCUCACUUUUCCAUAUAUUUUGAAUGUAUAUUUCUAUUUAUAAUACCAGUUUCUAAGAGUUAAUUACACAAAGUCUAUGGAAAACAUAAUGAUGCAUCCGCCACAGAAUCCCCCCCCCCAACCAUUUACAUUUUAUCAGAAAGAAAAUUCAUAUUUUAUCCAGCUUCUAACACCCAAAGUAAAGAUCAUUUUACCAUUUAUAUAUUGCAUUCUAUACCAUUGCAAUAACGAUUGGAUGUUUAAAUAUCGAGCCAUCCCUGGUGAAGGGGGGGUGGGCCGGGAGGGGGCAGUGGCGCGAUUUGUCUUAUCAAUUCAAUAUUGUUUUCCUGUAGCUACAAGGCAAGUAACGGGUUUGAAAUAGUCUGACUGUAUUCGUUGGACACCUUCAUAGUGUUUAGUAAUAUAUAUUUUUUCAUUAUUUUUUUCUAAUUUUUUUUUUUAUACUGUUGUAAAUUAGGUAUGUGUAGUACUGUUUAUCCGAAUGUUUGUUUAUACACUAGUUCAGACAACUUUCCCUGUUACUUGUUCUUGAUAAGUGAAACUGCAGGGAAAUAAAAUACAUAUCAAAACAUUAA